CACAUCCGGUCCAUGUUUGACCUAGGGGAGAAGGCGGAAGAGAGAGGACGUUGAACAAACUUGACAACUUCUAGCUGCCUGGCUAGAGGGGCAGCUCGCGGUGGUAAAUGCGACUUAAGUCGAAACAUGACAACGAUGGCUUUAGAAAGAAGUGACUGUAAUAGUAUGGAUUGUAGUGAUGAGAAAGGAAGGAGUGGACAGAAUGAAGAUAAGAGUGGGAAAUGGUGGGAAAGGAUGGAAAGAAGCAGCGUCCUGCUGAAAGAAAGAGGAAAAAAGGAAAUGAGGAAAGCACUGAAGACACCGAUAAUGAAGGAACUGAGGAAGGAAAAGAAGCGCCAAAAAGACCAAACCUGAACAUUAUAAUAAGAUUUGAUGAAGGAGAUGGAGUCAAGAAGAUUGAUCCACUUAAACUAACGAAAGCACUUAAAGCACAUAUUGGGGAAAUUAAACACGCUAAGAUACUGAGAGAUGGAAAUCUUUUGAUUGGAUGUAAUUCGGAAGGGCAAGUUGAAAAGGCAAAAAAGCUUGGAGGGUUGUGUAAAGUCAAAAUUAGAGCAGUUGUGAAAGUGGGUGAAAAAAUAAAUAAUGAAAGCAAAGGAAUUAUCACAGGAGUCCCGUUGAGUGUUAACAUGAAGGACUUAGUUGAGAAUUUAAAAGAAAGAAAUAAGGAAAUAAAAGGAGCACGGAGAAUGACAAGGGGUGCAGAGAGGAUUGAAACAGAAACGGUGUUGUUGGAAUUUGAAACAAAAGAAAUGCCAAGGGAGGUUUUCUUUGGCUUGAUAAGAUUUAGUGUCAGGGAAUACAUGCCAAAACCAGUGAGGUGCUUCAACUGUCAAGAAUUUGGACAUAUUGCAAAAAUGUGUAAGGGGAAAAGGAGAUGUGCCCGUUGUUCUGGAGACCAUGAAUAUGGUAAAUGUGGAGUUGGAGUCAAACCAAAGUGCUGUAGUUGCGGAGGGGAGCACAGUGUAGCCUUUUGGGGGUGCGAAGUAAUGAAACAACAAACAAUUGUACAGAAAACAAAAGUAGCACAGAAAGUAACAUAUGCAGAAGCGUGUAAAGUAGUUGAGAAAGAGAAACAAAAUGGGAAAUCUCUAACAGGAGAAAAGCAAAUAAUCUCAAAAGUUAUGGAAAUGGUUGAAAUGAAAAUAGAAGAGGAAAAAAAGAAAAUGGUGACUUUUAUCGCAGGAGUUAUAAAUGCAACAUCGGACGUAAAAUCAAAAACGGAAAGGAUUCAGAUUAUUGUGAAGGCAGCAUGCCAUAGCUGCCUUCACAAUAACCCUAAUAAAGAAUAUUAGGUGGGAAGACAUAAGGGAAGAGCUGUGUAGCCAAGCAAGUCAAGAAGGAUAGUCUCAAUCUUACAAUGGAAUGCAAGGAGUCUUUUGUCAAAUGGGCAAGAUUUUAAACAGUAUAUUUAUGAAUUAAAAGGGAAACCUGACAUAAUUUGUAUACAGGAAACAUGGCUGAGGCCUUGGUUGGAUUUCAAAGUAAAUGGGUAUAUUGCAGUUAGAUAUGAUAGAGAGGAAGGUAAUGGGGGAGGGUGUCUUACUCUGAUUAAGGAAGGUAUUCCGUAUAAAAUUAUUGGAAGGAAAGGAGAUUUAGAAUAUCUUGCAACUGAAAUAUGGGUGGAAGAGAAGGUAAUGUUGAUUCUUAAUUUUUACAAUCCUUGUAAAAAGCUCGAGUUAAGUAAACUUGACGAGAUAGAAAUGAAAGGAAAUGUUAUUUGGUGUGGAGAUUUUAAUGCACAUCAUUCAUUAUGGGGUAGUGGAAAAGUAGAUUGUAAUGGGGAAAUUUUAGAAGAAUUUUUAGAUACGAAUAAUCUGGUUUGCUUGAACAAUGGUGAGAAAACAAGAAUUGAUAUAAAUUCAGGUAAGGAAUCUGUAUUAGAUUUGACAUUUGUUUCUAGCUGUUUAGCUCCAUU